AUGUCGCACCACCGAUCGCGGUCCGCGUCGACCCCUUCUGAGGGUGAGAUCAUCGAGUCGGGCUCAGAGACGAAGGCAACUGCGUCACAAUCUCCUUUUCAUGAUACCAGAGUUGACCGUCCCCUCAGAGAUAGUGCCACCUCUGUACCACGCCGACAGAGCUCUUGGACCCGGUCGCGCUCGAGAUCUCGUUCUCCGUAUCGCAACAGUGGGAGCUACAAACGCAGACGCAACGACGAGUAUGAUGAUUACGAAGACCGCUCCAGCCGCUACGUACCCUCUCGGUAUAAUGGGUCGAGAUACGACCAUCGACACCACGAUUAUGAUCGUGGUGCUCCUCCCCGACGACCAAAGUCAUAUUACGAUUAUGACCGCGGCGAGAAUUACAGCGGCGGGUUGCAGUACACCGACGACUACGAAAGGCGAAGUGACAAGAGGCAGCGCACACGAAGCAAAUCACCGUAUCGCGAAGUGAGGAAGCCCAAGACUUACGAUGAACCUGUCUCGCAAACGAGUGGGAUCGGGGCUCGAGCAGAUGCCGAGAGGCGCAACCCGUCUUCCGAAAAGGUGAUGAAAGAACAUGGAAAGCCACCAACCGGUGUUCAGGAUUCUAAGUUUAGCGUUGUAACUCGCGAGGAUAAGACGCCGCAAAAUCCUCCCAUGCGCGCUCAUAUCGCAGAUGAGAUCAAAUCGCCUAUCGCGUCUGAGCCGGUGGAAGAUCCGGUCCUAGCUGAGCCAGUUGACGAAGCUGCGGCUUUAGAGGCUCGUCGGAAACGGCGUGAGGCCAUCCGUGCGAAAUACCGCAGCCAGGCCACGCCUUUGCAUCUCAAAGCCGUUCACGCUGACACCGAUACGGAUUCAUCUGCACCGGUGACACCAGCAGCCAGUACACAGGACAUGCCAGCCUCCCCGCAGGUUUCUUCAUAUCCGACACCCUCUAGUUAUGAGAAGCCCCGAGAUGCUACUCCAGAAUUUAGCAUUGGGAAGGAUACCGAUAUUACCCAUUCCAAUGCCACUGUAGACAGCAUUGAGAAAGACGAGCCUUCUGCUGCUGACUAUGAUCCAACCUUUGACAUGCAGCAAGACCGACAAAGGCAUGUCGGAGUUCAAAGCUCGAAGGACGAUAUGUCAUCCGCAGCGUACGACGAAACGAAACCCGCAAAGCAGGAUAUUCUGAUCCCCGAGUCCAUCCCCGAACAACCGCCCCCUCCGCCUCCAGCAAAGGCCAAAGAUCCCUAUGACAUGUUCGCUGAGGACGAUGAUGACGACAUGUUUGCUGAAGACCCGAAGGAUGGGCAACUUGCAGAUGCAUCAGCAACGGCUGGUCAACUGCCCCGCGAGCUAGAUGUCAGCAUGAUGGAUAACUGGGAUGACCCUGAAGGUUAUUACAAUGUGCGCCUUGGUGAGUUGAUCAACGGACGCUAUCAUGUCACGCAAACUCUUGGCAAGGGAAUGUUCUCAGCUGUCGUGCGGGCCAAGGACUCCAAGACCGAUAAAACGGUCGCGAUCAAAAUCAUUCGCCGAAAUGACACCAUGCGCAAGGCUGGUAUGAAGGAGAUCAAGAUUCUGGAGCAACUGCGCGAGGCCGAUCCGGAGGACAAGAAGCACGUUGUAAAAUUCGAGCGUUACUUCGAUCACAAGGGUCAUCUGUGCAUGGCCUUCGAGAACCUGAACUUGAACCUCCGUGAAGUUCUCAAGAAGUAUGGACGAGAUGUCGGUCUCAACCUCGGCGCCAUCCGCGCCUAUGCGCACCAGAUUUUCCUGGGGCUUGAUCUUCUGCGCAAGUGUAACAUCUUGCACGCGGAUUUGAAGCCUGACAAUCUUCUUGUCAACGAACAGCUCGGUUUCCUCAAGAUCUGCGAUCUUGGUUCUGCAUCACCUGCUUCUGAUGUCGAAAUCCUCCCGUACCUGGUCAGUCGUUUCUACCGUGCCCCGGAGAUCAUCCUCGGUAUUCCCUAUGACUACGCAAUCGAUGUCUGGUCCAUCGGCUGUACUCUUUUCGAGCUCUACACUGGCAAGAUCCUCUUCAGUGGCCGCAACAACAAUCAGAUGCUGCGUUCCAUCAUGGAGUGCCGUGGCAAGUAUCCGCCCAAGGUUCUGCGGCGAGGCACGCUCUCCCAUCUCUACUUCGACGAAAUGCUCAACUUCCACAGUACUGAGCAAGAUUCGAUCACCGGCCGUCUUGUUACCAAGAUUGUUGAUUACAAGAAACCCACUCGUGAUUUGAAGACCCGGCUCAUGGGCAAGGGUAUACGUGGGAUGUCCGAUACCGAGGUAAAGGAAUUGCAGCAGUUUGUGGAUUUUUUGGAUCGUUGUCUCACUCUGAAUCCUGAGAAACGGUGCACACCAGCUGAAGCGCUGAAGCAUCCAUUCAUAACGCGCAAAUAG